UCACAUCCGCUUCAACUGUUGUGUUCUGCUUGAGUGAGAUCUAUGCCUGUUUUCAUCGUUGUGUUUACCUCUUUGUCUGAAUUUCUGGCUGGUUGUUGGAAGACAGCAAUGGCGAAAGCAGGAGGCUGUUUCUUCAGGAUAGGGUAUUUUCUAUACACACGGACGCGGGUGGGAUACUACUACCAUCAGAAAGAGAUCAAGAAAGCCAGAGAGAAGUUGGAGGGAGCUGACCAUUCCAACACAGAACCUACUGUGUUCAAUGAUCUGUCUAUCCUUCCUAUACCCAUGCUGUUAGACAACUACGCCUAUCUGAUCACAGAUCGUGCUUCCAACUUGUCAGUGGUGGUGGACCCUGGGGACCCAGAGCCAGUGCAGAAAGUGCUGACUGAUUUGAACAUUACCCCUGAAGCAAUACUCAUCACCCAUAAACAUUGGGAUCACAGUGGAGGGAAUGAGGCUAUGAAGUCUGCCUACCCAAAUGUCCGGAUCUUUGGAGGAGCGGAGGACCAUGUGCCCAACAUCACCAAUGGUGUAGUGGAUGGGGAGAAGCUGACAUUUGGUGGUCUGAAGUUCACAGUCAUGUUCACGCCUGGUCACACGGUAGGCCAUGUAGUCUAUCAUCUAGAAGGUCACAACUUUGAAGCUCCUGACUGCCUGUUUUCUGGGGAUCACGUCUUCCUCAGCGGAUGUGGUCGAAUGUUUGAGGGUACACCAGUCACUAUGCUCACCUCGCUGGACAAAAUGUGUGAGCUGCACGACUCUACCCUCAUCUGGCCAGGGCAUGAAUAUGCAACAGACAACCUGGAGUUUGCCUGCCAUGUUGAUAAUGAAAACUCAGAUGCUGAGGAGAAGCUGAAGUGGGCUAAAGCCAAACGAGAGCAGAAACGUCCUACGUGCCCCUCUACAGUUGGAGAUGAGAAGAAGUAUAACCCAUUCCUGAGAACCGGUGAAAAGUCAGUGCUCUCCCAGCUGGGACUUGUAAACAUGGAGGACUUUUCACCUCCAACAGAUCAAGUGAGGGCCCAGGCUCUAGGGGAGAUUCGUGAGAGGAAGGACAAGUUCAAGUACAAACUAUGAUCCAAGAUGUACUACUGUGACUGCUCACACUGUUUUAUUACUCUGGACCAAACCCUGUUGUACAAGGCUGUCUGAUCUGUUGCCUCACAGCUCUUGUACCUUAACACAGAUUUGCAAUAAUCGUUUUAGCCCUGCGACAGUUUUGUACAACAAGGAGCUGGCCUCACAUAUUACCUGGGGGUAAUAAUCUAGGAGUUCCCAGAAUCUACCCCGGUGUGUAAUCUGGGAGCUCCUCCCAGAAUCUACUGCAGCCCUGUUUGAUUUAAACAUUUUUAUUUCAUGAAUGUACUUGAAGUUUUCUUUUGUGGAUGUAUCUAACUCAGUCUUGGUCUCUUCUGGUCAAUUGCUGUAAAAACAUUGUCAUCUGAUUAGGUUUACAUAAAUACCUAUUCAGUACACAUCUAAUUAGUUUUAAAACAUUCAUAUCCCAGAAUGUACCCCCCUUUCCCAGAAUCUACCCCCAGGGGGUAUCAUCUGGGAGUUCCCAAAAUCUAUACCGGUGUAGAUAAUACGGGUAAUAAAUUGUAAUCGAAUAGAAAAAUUGAAAAUGUUGUUUUAUACAUGCAAAGAAGAAAUAAAUAUUGUUUAAACUGAUGAAAAAAUCUUACAAAUCACAUUGACUUUAACUCAUUGUAGUCAUCAUCAAUUUGUAAGUUCGAAAGUUGGUGUUGAGAAUUGUGUGAGGAAAUGUCUUACACUUAUGUUAUUGAAUAAGCUUUAAUAUGCUUUGUGAAUAGACCUACCUACUUUUGAUCGCAUAUAAAAUCAUUUUGAAACCAAUUAUAAGUAUGCACUUGUGUCUGUAAGUACCUUUGUUUAGGAAGGCAUGUAUCACAGUAUCAAGAAUAUAUUCUGACUAUAGAAGACAUCACCUCAUUAAAACCAUCUAAUUAUUUGUCCAUUUGUCAGAAUGUUAGAAUUGGUCCCUAGCAACCUAUGCUGGUCCUAAGUGCUGACUUAAGUUAUCGGGUGAUCAGACUCAAUGGCAUGGAUUGUUAGUUACAAUAUAAAUCACUUGAUGGUCUGGUCCAGAUUCAAUUGUUUGAAUGCCACCCUCAUAUAGCUGGAAUAUUGCUAAGUGCAGGGUUAAGCAGACAACACCAAGGUUCGUACAGUCUUGAAAAGGCCUUGAGUUUUAAGGUCCCUCUUGAAAAGCCUUGAUUAUUAGUAUCAACCUUUAAAAUGCAAGGCUUUAGAGCUAUUUUGUGGAUUUCAAAUUCACCAAAAUAGCUCUAAAGCCUUGAAUUUCUAUAAUGUCAAGUAUAAUGUUGUUUUUGCCGAAUAUCUUUUGCCAUCCUUUUUUACAUGAUUCAUUAUGAAAUUUGUAUGAAGUAUGUAGUAUGAAGAAUAAUAUUCAUUAUGUUUUGUUGUAAUGCAAUUUUUGUUAUUUGUGUAAUGACCUUUUAACCUAAUGUUGUAAACUUUCCCCCAACCCAAAUGGUGAGCUCCUGAGCCUUUUGACUCUUAGCUUUUAAUAACAUAGUUGUUUAAUUCAGAUAGCAAGCAGAGAUGCCAAUCAUAAUGAUUUUGGCAGAAUCUUUAUGAAAUUCGUAACCUAAUUCCACUAAUAUGUCAUUGUCGCAUGUACAGCCAAAUAACAAUUGAUUGAUCAUCAGUGUAAUUGGAGCAUUGACAUGGUUUGAGGAGUAAGAAUAGUCACAUAACUAGUGCUGAUGUUUUGAAAACAACUACUUCUGCCAAUUACCCCAGAUGUUCUUAAUUGCCUUAAUAUAAGGUUGGUAUCUCUGUAGCCAAAUUUUGGGGACAAGUGUUUUGUGCCACUCUCAGCACUAUUCCAGCUGUUCACAGCAGUCUCUAAGUAAUUCCCUUGUGACUGAUAGCAUGAUCAACUACCAUCCAUGCGGCAGAGUAUUAUCCACAGC